AAAAAUUGUAGAAAAUUUAAAAAUCGUUUUGGGUAAUAAUUAUAAUAAAUAGAAUUAAAUAAUACUUUAAAAUUUAUAUUAUAUAAUUAUAUUAUUGAAUGUUAUAUUUAGAUUUAUUUUAAUAAUGAUAUAUGAGUUGUUAAUAUAUUUUAAAUUUUUUACCAAAAGUAUAAAUUAACAUUAAAUGUAAUUGUCUAUGUUACAAUUAGUUAAAAGUCAUGUCAUCAUUUUUAUUAUAAGAUACCACAUUUUUUUAGUGAAAGUAAAUGUAAAGAGGACACAUAAGCAAUGUUUGUAAAAAAAUUAAUUUGCUUGAUCAUCAUAUAUAUACGUCAUUUCUUUUAAUUAUUAUUACCAAAAUUAUAUCGAUUGUUGGAGAAUAGUAUCAUCAUCGUCAUCAUCAUAAUGUUGCUCUAAAUAUAUACUAUUUAUUACAGUUAUUAUUUAAUCUAAACUAUGGAUAACUGUUACAAAUUAAAAUAUGAUCGGAGUUCCACAUCAUCUUCUGAAUUUCUUGAUCCUUUUUAUUUAAGUGGUAUAAACCAAAGAUAUCUAAUAAAGGAUUAUCAUAGUAAAUCAAACUAUAAACUAUGUUUAAAAGAUUGUUUUCCUACACACAGUUGAACCAGUAAUUUUGGAACAUUAAUUAACAAACUAAGACAUAAAUCCUCAAGCUUACACAAGUAUUUAUACAUCUUCAUUUCUUGGACCUGAUGAAUGCAAAACAGUUUUCAGAUUAAAAGAAAUAUGAAACUCCCGCGAGGCUUCAUAACUAUUCUUGCUCUUUAUGUUUUUAUCCAUCACAUGGAAGCACUCGAAGUCGGUGGUCCGACACAAGAACUGAUCAAUAGUAUUUGCGCUGAGACUGUAGAUUAUGAACUUUGCAAAGAAAUCAUUCACAAACAUUUAGACACAAAAACAAUGAAUCUCUUCGAUCUCACACAUCUCAUAUUCCGCAUCGCUACUGAACACGCCAGUGAUACAUAUGUUUUCAUCGGUAACAUCUUGCGUGAACAUCCUGAUCCUGAGGAGACGACUGGUCUCAACACUUGUCUAACGGCUUACACUGACGAAACCAGUACUUUCUUGAAAGUACGCCAUGAGUUUUGUCAGGAAGAUUACGAACGUAUGAUCAUAGACAUUUUAUCCACAAGAAAGAUCUUGAAAAGAUGCAGGACCGAUUUUCAGAUUCCUCUGAACAAGAAGAAGCUUUUAAUAGAGAAGGGCAGAGUGAUGAAAAUCUUGAUCAACAUGUCUGCGGUUUCGGGGUAUAUGGUGACAAAUGGAAAUGGUUAUUUGCUUAGCUCAGUUGUUACCGAGCCUUGCUUUUUCAAUGAUGUAGAUCAAGACUCCUAAUGUCUCUCCAAUAAACAAUAAGUUAAAGCUUCCAAAGUUAGAUUCCAUGCAAGACCGAACUUCAAUCUGCAAACGUUUACGUAGUCAACCAAAAUCUUCUUCAGUUAGGUCUUCUUUUGUGUGUUGUUUACAAUAUAUCAAGACAUUGACUUAAUUUUCUUCUGGUACACUCUAUGUAUUGUUAAAUUAAUAUAUGUACUUAUUGAUGGAGCGGCAUUGACGUGAUUUUACAGAAAAUUAAGGUUAUAAAACAUGCAAUCAGUUUUGAAAAAUGACAAAACGCACAUUUAAAAGCUAAACAAAUGACCACACGGAAUAUAUGCCCCCACAAAUUUUUCUUUUGACCAUUGACUGAAUCAUUAAUGAGUUCACUAAUAUGCCUAAUUUUCAAAGAUAAAGAUGUCGCCGAGUUCAUUCUCAAACGAUCAUAGAAUCACAAUUCACAAACCAAAAAAACGAAUGAAAAUGUAUCGCAUUCUAUUGGUACUUUUGGCGAUUACACUCGUUUGCUCUGUCGCAGAAGCUCUUCUCGAUAAGAAUACUCAACAAAGAGUCGACGCAAUCUGCAAACAGACAAUAGACAACAAAUUUUGCAAGGGGAUCUUUGC